AUGGCAGUGAGAUUUGAUGCCGCCGCUUACAGCUUUCGUAAGAAAUGCCCCUAUGUGAGUAAAGACUUACUUCGCUGGUUCCCAGGCCAUAUGAACAAGGGUUUAAAGCAAAUGCAGCGUAAACUGACAUCAGUUGAUUGUGUGAUUGAAGUUCACGAUUCCAGAAUACCAUUUACGGGGCGAAAUCCCAUAUUUACAAACACAUUGACUGGUGCCAAGCCACAUAUCCUUGUCCUCAAUAAGAAAGAUCUAACUGUUAGGUCACUAAUACCAAAGAUUACAGAGCAGUUAAAAACUCAUGAAAACAUACAAAAUGUUGUAUUUACGAACAGUAAAGAUCAAGAUUGUCGUGGCCUUAAGACUCUAAAGCCUUUAAUGGUAGAAUUGAUUAAAAAUUCUAACAGAUACAAUAGAAGUGAAGAAUUAGAAUACAAUGUAAUGAUUAUUGGUGUACCAAAUGUAGGUAAAUCAUCUUUAAUCAAUAUGUUGCGAUCAAGGAACAUGAGUGUUAAGCAUGCUUUGCCAGUUGGUGCAGUGGCAGGAGUAACGCGAAGUCUCAUGACAAAAAUGAGAAUCAAUGAUGACCCAAAGAUUUUUAUGUUUGAUACUCCAGGUAUCCUAGAGCCAUCUGUAACAGAUAUAGAAAUGGGUCUAAAGCUAGCACUUUGUGCGUCCCUUCAAGAUCACUUGGUGGGUGAGGAGACUAUUGCAGACUAUCUGUUGUAUUGGCUGAACAGUCAUGCCAAGUUCAAGUAUGUCGAGUACAUGGGCCUAGAAGAACCUUGUGAUGAUAUACAUAAGGUUCUCAUAGCUGGAGCUGUGAAAUUCAAUCGAGUGAGGCGGGUCCGAGAUUUUGAUGGCACAAUGCGAGACGUUCCUGACCUGUUAGAAGUUGCCAGGACCAUGAUAAAAGCAUUCAGGACUGGGGAGCUUGGCAAAAUGGUGCUGGAUAUAGAUCUACUGAAGCGCAGGAGCAAGAAUCAAAUACAUCAGGAGUUAUCAGCGGAGAUGUGA